UUCCAGACAGUUACGCAGAAAUUAGCUGGAAAAUAUGGAUGACUGCAUAAAUUGUCUAUUUAUAAUAUUUGUGUACAUUCAUGACUUUUAAAAAAGAGGGACUGAUGCAGUUUGGUCCAGUGUAAUUCAGAAUAUUUGCAUUAAUGUAGUGGUGGUGGAAAUGUUGCUAGUGCUAUUUCCAAACAAUUACAUAGAAAUGAGCUGGAACAUAUGGAUGGCUGUCUGCCUAAAUGAUUGUUUAGGGGGAUGCAGGUUAGUCAUUAUUAAUGCCCAACUGAGUUAAUGCAAAACAAUCUACCUGAAAAGUUUUUCAGUACACCGACCAUUGAACAUACAACUUGCAUAUCUACAAACCAUUGAAAAUCUUAUCAAAGGCCCAUAUACUUAUAAAGCUAUACGUGUUCAAAUCGUAUCCAAAAGAACUGCAACUGAAGCUAACUUAAACGUCAGAAUGUAUGUACAUGUAGUCGUACAGCCGCAUCAACUGUAUACAAUUUCAACGUCUAUAGUGCCAAAAUAAAAUUGCCUCAAGGCCUGAAACCAAAACCCAAGCUAUACCCAAUCACCGGGUAUUUACCCGGGUGCGCAUGCGUCAUGGCGAGAGGGUAAUGAAAUGAGCGAUUCAUAGCCACACAGAUUUGUAAGAAUCUACGCUGUCGUCUUGUGAAAGGUUGCGCUUUUUGUAAAUAGCUGCUCCUCUAGGAAUACGUGAUGGGGUCAACUGAACUUCGGAAAGACCUGGAGAAGUAUUUGGAAGAACUCGGCAUCGAAACCGUGUCGGUUGACCAUCCAGAGGUGUUCACAGUGGAGGAAAUGAUGCCCCACGUGCAGCAUCUCAGUGGAGCCGUCACAAAAAAUCUUUUUCUAAAAGACAAAAAGAAGAAGGCCCUUUGGCUUGUUUCCACUCGUCACGACCGCCAGGUCAACCUGAACGAUUUAGCCAAGAAGCUGGGCGUGGGCAGUGGGAACCUCCGCUUUGCCGAUGAAGCAAUCAUGGUAGAGAAGCUUAAGGUGGGCCAAGGCUGUGCCACUGCCCUUGCACUGUUCUGUGACAAAGACCAGAGUGUCAAGUUCGUGUUGGACAGUGACCUGGUGAAUGGCAGCCACGAGAGGGUCUAUUUUCAUCCCAUGACCAACGCGGCUACUAUGGGCCUAAAACCAGAUGACCUCAUGAAGUUUUUAAAAGAGACUGGACAUGAGCCUGUCCUGCAGAGCUUUGAUUAGUCAUCCUAAAUACUUAUUGGUGUCAACUGUAAUGUUCAGGUUUAUGUAUGCCACUGACUGAAAAAUGUUACAAAGCCCUCAGCACUUGACUUGGUGUUCUUAGUUUAUGUCUCAUUACAAGCCUUAAUUAUGCAGUUCUUUUUUUGUGUGUUUCAGCAUUACGUUUGAAAUAGUUUAAUUUAAAUCUGAUAAAUGCCUUGUAUGAAAUGCGCCGUACAAAUAAAGUUUGAUUUGAUUUGAUUUGAUAAA